AUGGCCCCCCACGCAAGUUCGGAUGUUGCUGCCAAUGGCGCCGUGAACGGGUCGGCUCGUUCUAAUGCCGCCCCAUUGUUCACUGUCAAUUCCCCUAACGUCGAGUACACCGACAAUGAGAUCAAGAGCAAGUAUGCCUACCAUACCACUGAUAUCACUCGCACUGCCGAUAACAAGCUGCUCGCCACCCCCAAGACUACCACCUACGAGUUCAAGGUCGACCGCAAAGUCGGCAAGGUCGGUGUUAUGAUGGUCGGAUGGGGUGGAAACAACGGCUCCACCGUGACGGCUGGUCUUCUGGCCAACCGUCGCGGUCUCGUCUGGGAAACCCGCGAAGGCGAGCGUGCUGCCAACUACUAUGGUUCUGUGGUCAUGGGUUCAACCAUAAAGCUGGGCACUGAUGCCAAAACUGGUGAGGAGAUCAACAUUCCCUUCCAUGACAUGCUGCCGAUGGCCCACCCCAAUGAUCUCGCCAUUGGUGGCUGGGAUAUCAGCGGCAUGAACAUCGCCGAUGCUAUGGAUCGGGCCCAGGUUCUGGAGCCUACCCUGAAGCAGUUGGUUCGCAAGGAGAUGGCCGAGAUGAAGCCGCUGCCCAGUAUUUACUACCCCGACUUCAUCGCUUCCAACCAGGAGGGCCGCGCCGACAACGUCCUCGAGGGUUCCAAGGCCAGCUGGACUCAUGUGGAGCAGAUUCAGAAGGACAUUCGCAACUUCAAGGCUAAGAACGAUCUGGACAAGGUCAUUGUGAUGUGGACGGCUAACACUGAGCGCUAUGCUGAUAUCGUUCCCGGUGUCAAUGACACGGCCGAAAAUCUCCUCAAUGCCAUCAAGACCGGUCACGAGGAGGUGGCCCCGUCCACCGUUUUCGCCGUUGCCUCUAUUCUGGAGAAUACUCCCUUCAUCAACGGGUCUCCCCAGAACACCUUCGUCCCUGGUGCCAUCCAGUUGGCGGAACAGCACAAAGCAUUCAUUGGCGGGGAUGACUUCAAAUCUGGCCAGACCAAGAUGAAGUCAGCCCUUGUGGACUUCCUGAUCAACGCCGGUAUCAAGCUCACCUCAAUUGCCAGCUACAACCACCUGGGCAACAACGACGGCAAGAACCUGAGCUCUCAGAAGCAGUUCCGCUCGAAGGAGAUUUCCAAGUCCAACGUAGUCGACGACAUGGUAGCUGCUAACCAUAUACUGUACGAGAAGGAUGAGCACCCGGACCACACUGUCGUGAUCAAGUACAUGCCAGCGGUGGGCGACAACAAGCGAGCUCUGGAUGAGUACUUUGCGGAGAUCUUCAUGGGCGGACAUCAGAUCAUUAGCUUGUUCAACAUCUGCGAGGACUCUCUGCUGGCGUCGCCGCUGAUCAUCGAUCUGGUCCUGAUCGCCGAAAUGAUGACGCGCAUCAGCUGGAAGGCGGACGGUGAGGCCGAGUACAAGGGCUUCCACAGCGUGCUCAGCGUUCUGAGUUAUAUGCUCAAGGCGCCCUUGACACCCCCCGGCACCCCGGUCGUCAACUCACUGAACAAGCAGCGCAGUGCCUUGACCAAUAUUUUCCGAGCCUGUGUUGGCCUCCAGCCAGAAUCGGAGAUGACUUUGGAGCACAAGCUGUUUUAA